AAUUGUCCAAUUUUCUCUUCGCCGCUCUUUCGUUAUCUUUAGUACCAAACUCAGUUUGCGUCUAUAACUGUUUCAGAGCGCGCGUUCGAAGUGUUCAACGGUGUGUGUUGAUGUUUAUUUUUUUCCGAAGUGACAGUGCUCGCGAACCAGUGUUUUCGAGUGAUAUGAUAAAGAAAAAUCACCUUUUAGUGUCGGAAAAGUGUGUGCCAGUUCCUUAAGCGGAAAACCGAACCAUAUGACGACAAAGUUUUCUCUUUGAAAGUCUCGGACAGCCAGUGAGUUAUGCUUCUUCAAGCGACUUCUGGUGAAUCGGGAGUCAAGUCAUCUGAAGAGACUCGUAACGAACCUGAGGGAUUCACGCACGUUUUGGAUUAUGCACCGGCUCCUGGAUGGACCGUCCACAUCACCAAAGAGGGAAGAUUAUACUAUUGCAAUCACGUGACACGUACCGCCGGCUGGUUACCACCGGCUGAAGCCUGGCGCAGCGGGGAAAACGCCCUCCCUUAUGGGUGGGAGCGCGCCCUGGACGAUUCUGGACGAACUUACUACAUCAACCACGUGAACAAAACGACCACCUACGAAACGCCCGUUAUAAGGUAUACGGAACCUUUGCCCAUUCCAGAGCCUCGCACUGUACAACUGGAAAGAUCCACCACCUUGGGUUUUGGCUUUGUUGCCGGCUCCGAGAAACCAGUGAUUGUCAGAUUCGUUACCGAAGGUGGACCUAGUGUAGAUAAACUUCUCCCCGGUGAUCAAAUUUUGGCUGUGAACGAAGAAGACGUGAAAAACGCACCGAGAGAACACGUGAUCUCUCUGGUUCGAGCAUGCUCCAAGACUGUAAAACUGACUGUGUGCCAGCCCCCGGAACAGCAGGGCGCCAGGAAAUCAACCCUGCUGUCGGCCACCAAGAAGGCCAGACUUAGGAAUAAGCCGUCCAGAGUGAGGUUCGCUGAGAGCGUCUGCGUGAAUGGCGCCCCCUUGUUUCCGGCGUCUGCUUUCUCACUGGGCGAUUUGUGCGUGGCCCCUAUGGCGAACGUCCUCAAAGUGUUCCUGGAAAACGGCCAGACGAAAUCGUUCAAAUACGACGCUUGGACGACGGUGCACGACGUCAUGAGCUCGCUGGAGACGAAGCUGCAGUUGCAGGCCACCGAGCAUUUCAGUCUGGUGGUCGAGCACAUCAAGUCGGUCAAGAGGAACAAGUUGACGCUGCUGGAUCCCCAGGACACCUUGGCGAGGAUAGCAUCAAGACCUGGGGCUUACAAGCUAAGAUGCCUGUACCGAGUUGCUUUCGUUCCACCGUCAGCGGCCGCCCUGGCCCAGAGAGAUCUCAACGCUCUAGAUUACCUCUACACCCAGUGUUGCAACGACGUGAUCCAGGAAAGGUUCGCUCCAGAACUGCAGUACGACACCGCCCUCAGAUUGGCAGCCCUGCACAUAUACCAGCACGCGCUGGCCAAUAACAUCGGCUCAGGAAAACUGACCAUGAAGACGAUAGAGAGAGAUUUCGGCCUGGAACGCUUCGUCCCGACAUCCCUGUUGGAGAACAUGAAGCGGAAGGAGCUGAGGAAACUGAUAGCCCACUUCCUGAAGCUGCAUUCGAGCAUGGCCGGCCCCGGGAAACAGCUGACGGCGCUGCAAGCCAAGCUGCACUACCUGGACAUAGUGAGCCAGCUGCCAAGCUACGGGGCCAAGUGUUUCUCAGCCGGGCCCAAAGGGGACUCCAUGGAGAGGGUUAUCUUGGUCAGCCCCAAGUUCGGAAUCAGUCAGAUAACGGGAACAAGGAAUUCGAUAGUAAGUUCUCCACUUUCAUCGAGUUUAUCUCUUGUGAUAUCCCGAUUUCUGUCCCUACAGCCUGUACCAAUAGCCAACAUCGAAGAGAUGCGCAGGAUCGAGGUGAGGAGCGACGACGAAGUCAGCAGAACCGUCCUCAUCAGGCUCCAGAACGACAAAAUGGUGUCGAUAUCGUUGGAAGAGAGGGACGCCAGCGAACUGGUCCUGGUGCUCCGGGGCUACUUCCGGCUGACCACCGGCCAGAACCUGCCGGUGGACCAGGAAGAAUCCGCCCCCAUGGACGACCUGGCCCCGCCCUACCUCUCCCAGCACAAGGUGGUGCCGGAGAAAUGGAGCUACAUCAACCACAACUCCGUGAAGACGGCCUGCUUCGCCAUGCAGCCCGUCUACCAGGGUAUCAAUAGGAAGACGAACGGUCUCUACAACACCAUCGGUCGCCAGAGCAAGACGCCGGUCAUGCUGGGCGCCUACAGCCUGGACAACAACAUGAACAACUCGCUGUCCAACAGGAAUCACCAGUUCAAGGCGCAUUUCGGCAGUCGGUUCGAUCCCAACUACGAGCUGCAGAGCGUGGUCAAUAUGGAGAUUUUGGACGGCGGAAAGGUCGACGCCAAGAACGAGGAGGUGCUGAGGAGGGUGCAGGAGAUGCAGAUGAUGGUGGAGGACUCGCAGAAGUACUUGACGGAACAGGAGAACCUGGACAGACUGAACGCCCUAGCUGAGUGGCAGGAGACGAGCGUGGACAUAGAGAGCGACAACGACAGCCAAUUGACGGACGACGCGCCCGGCAAGUUGAAACACAGCGAUUCCCUGCUGCUGCUCACCAGAGACCACGCUCAAAACCAAACGAAGAACGGCUUCGCCAACGCCGCCAUCGAGAUGCUGCGUUCGGAGAUGUCCAACAACCUGUCCGAGAGCGACAACGACUCCGUCAUCGCCUCUCCUCACAAUUCACCGCGGAGGAUCAACGAGAUCAAGCAGGGCAGCAGCAUGCUCACCAACAACAGGGUCAGCUUCGGCCUGAGGAGUCCCGACACCGGCAAGGACGCCACGGACUUUCAGGACUACCUGAAGAGGAUGCGGGAGAUGUCGCGAAACAGGGAGAACGCCGCCGUGGAGUCUGCGGAGGAGAUGUACGUCUUCGAUCCCGACAUAAUCGACCUGACGAUGCUGCCGCCGCCUGCCACCCCCGACGAGCUGGAUUGUGGUGCCUUACCGACGCCGAUAAACGUGCCGCCUAGCUCGUUCGCCGACUCCGUGGAGAAGCUGGACAAGCUCUGCGCUCUGGCCGAGGAACAGGACCUGGAGAAGUUCCUGGAGAGGGUUACCGUGCCGCCGCCCACGUUGAGGGUCACGCCGUCCGUUGAGUUGACGCCUGAGGAGAUCAACUCGUUCAUCAUUCCGCCGCCGCCGAUGCUGGUGGAUCGCGACGCUGGGCAGCAGAAUGAGGAUUCGUCCACUUCUGAUAAGUCUCAAGAGCAAGAAUCGCCAUGUUACCAGAACAGAAGAGAAGCGGAAAUGCACGAAAAUCGAGAGGUAGACUGCGCCAAACAGACUGUGAUAGAAUACGCCACCGUUGACAGAAGAGGACCCUUCUCUUGCUGUUCCAAGGGAAAGAGCGACAAGCCGAAAGAGGCCCGCGACGAAUGCAUCCAGCCUCCUCCGCGGAGAUGCUCGGACGAGAAGCCUCCCGAACGACCUCCCAAGGUCUCGCCGCAAGAGAGGACCCGCUCCCAUUCCCUGACCAACAACACGCUCAAAACCUUCAGCGAAUUCCCUCCCAAGCUACCCCCGAGAAGCGACAAUAAUCACCAGGCGCCCCCGCACCUGUUCCUGCCUCCCAAGAAGCCGCCCCUGCCGCCUGUGCCGUCUAUGGACGUGUUGAGGUCCAAGAAGAACGUCCCGGCCCAGACCAAGCAGCCGUCGGAGGUGCGGACUGCCGGGAUCGGUUCGCCUCAUCUCCAGAGGAGCAGGAACAUGUACAGCGAGCUGGAGAAUAACUUGAGCGACAAGGGAAACUCCGUGGGGUCGUUCAGGCAGGCCACGGCUGUUAGUACGCCCACUUCUCCGCACUUGGGAAGGGGUUUCCAAUUCUCCGCGGCGUCGAAAUCGAGGGAUUCCCCGCCCACCACUCCCCCGUUGCAGCACUGCAGCCAUCUGCGGUCGAACAGCUACAACCACUACGACAUAAAGAGCAGGAUAGCCUGUUUCGAGUCGAAACGUAAGGAAUCGGAGGGCUUCAGCAACGGCGGUACCUCGCAGCCUUCGCCUGUAAGGAACGGAUGCUCAUCCACCGGCGAGAACCUCAUAGCCAAGACGGACGUCGCGAUGGCCAGCCUGUUGGUUAGGUUGGAUCAGGUUGCCGCCCAGUGCAGCGCCGCGCAGACGCAAGGAGGCGGCAGGUUGAUCUGCGAGGAGAAGUUCCAGGCAGCAAAGGAGGAGCUGAUCUCCCAGUCCCUCCAGUUGGUGUCGUCGAGCAAGAUGUUGGUCAUAGCCAUGUCCGAUCUUUCCCUGCCGGAUCUUCCAGAGAACCUGGCCAUAUGCCUGACCAUACUCCGUAGACUGACGGAACUGUGUCAGGACUUGGCCAACCACACCACCGCCCCUCUGCAGACCAGGAACUUGAUACUGAAGGUGCACGACGUCACGGCCGCCUUUAGGAAACUGAUAACAUCCGACAUAGACAGGAGUUCGCAAAAAGUCAUAGAAGAACAACUGGCUGCUCAGGCUGAGGGUCUGGCCAACGUUCUGGCAACGCUGCUUAGGAUCUUGAGGGUUUUCUCGCCGUGAACGAAAAUUGGAUCUUUUUCGAAAAUUUGUAUCGAUACUAGUCAAGGUGUUCAUGACAAAGUGAGUUUUUGACCUCUACGGAAAGGAAUCGGAAAGGACAUUUGUGCUUCUGUGACAGUGCAAGGCCAAAAUAAUUAUCCUUUGUUAAUAUUAAAUCGUUCAAGUUGACUACAGUAUUUCGAAACCUGUAAAAAUGUAAGUCGUUUUCUUUUUCGUUUAAUAGAUUUUAAUAAUUUUGUUUAAAAGAUUGUUAAUUUUUUUUUAUUCUUAACUUUAUUGAUGAUAGAAGCGUUCAACUUUUCGUACCUCCAUAAGUUUUAUUUUCUAGUCAACGUCUCAACAAUCAUUAUUGUCGUAAAAAAUAAAACUAAUUUUUAAUAUAGGGCCCAAUAAAUGAAGACGAAAACUAAGACCAAAACGUGUAGAUAUGCAAUAUAGUUUUGAAUAAGUCUGAAUAGAAGAAUACUCUAAGUAUGUGAUAUAACUUCAAACGUUGAUACAAUUUAGGUAAUAUUAUAUGAAAUGAUAAUUAUAUAUGUUGCAGUAACCAAUGAUUUAGUCUAUAAGAUAGUUGAUAAAAUAAUUAACAGUAAUAUGAAAAUUUUGGGUUUGUUAUGAAUUUAGGCGAAAAGACUGUAUAUUGAUUGAAAAGACAACACCUGGUCAAGGAGGAAAUUGUAGGCAAAUAUAAAAAAGUGCAACGAAAUAAAUGGAUUAUUUAUUUUGAUUCCACUUUCGUUGCAUGAUUUUUCAAUUUCCUUGUUGACCAUAAAGUCGGUAAAUAAAAAUUAGUAAAACUCAUUAAAGCAAAUAUCAAAAGAAAUGAAACGAGCUAAGCCAUCAUUUUUCUUCAGUAUUUAAUAUUUCAACGGCUCGAAUAGAUUGUAAGUAUAUUCUGAGUUACCGUAAAAAGUACAUUUCGUUUUUAUAUCUUCAUCUCUUUUCUAUAUUUGAAGUGUUUAAUAGUUGUUGAUAGUCUUCGUUAUUAUUCUUGUGGAAUAUAUUAUAUAAUUGUUUUUUGGAUCUGUAGUUGGUUGUUUCUCUUAUUGUUAUUUUUGACAACUAAUAUUUUUUAAUGAAGGAAUUAAUAUGUUGAUGUUGAACAUAUCCUGAGUAUAUGUGACAUAAUAAAAUAUUGAAAUACGA